GAUUGAUCAUUGGUUUAGUAAUUGUGAAAUAUCAUUUCAAUGUUGACGAUUUGCAGGAUCUUUGUAUUAUGUUUCAUUAUUGAAUUAAUAUCAUCUCAGACGGGACUUGUUCCAGUAAACCAUGGUCCCAAAGAUGUAUCCAUUCAAACUAAUCCUGAUGAAGAUAUAGAUCCACGUCCUAUCGUAUUAGAAUUAAAACAUGAGGUUACCAAAUUAAAAGAAGCCCUUGAUACUUUAGUCAAUAAAAUAAACGUUAUACCACCUUCAAGUAUAGCAACUAAAUACAUUCAUAAUGGAUUACUGUCUAGUAUAUGUAUUAUACUUAUAGUAUAUUACCAUUUACAGAAAUCCUAAUCAUAUGCUUACUAUUAUUAACCAUUUUGAAAUAAAGAUAUAUUGU